GCAUGUUACAAGGCAUUCGCUAAUGCUUUUUGAUUGCAGAGCCCACUGUCACUUCCUGCGGCAAUCAACUUCCAUCUCAUUCUCUAGUCAAUGAGUAAUCCUCGCAUUGGUCAGCCGCCAUUUCUGUAUGUGCUCCAGGCAGUCUUGGCGAUGCACAAUCAUAGGCAAUGCUGCACGAACGUACACAACGAUAUCUCCGCUUGGAAGAGAUGCUUAUAGAGCGUGCCACCUAUGUCCUUGGUCAUCCUUCGAAUCCUGCGUCUGGGACUGCAUAUAAGGCCCAUCGCCUCAGGCGGAAAUACCAGCAGUCAGCCUCACAUCUUUAUUGCAUUCGUCCCUUGCACCUCGCACACACCAAGCAUGUCGCACGGCAAGCAGUUCACUCUGUUCAACCACAAGGCCGGCCCGAACGGGUGGAAGGUCGCCUUCGUCCUUGAGGAGCUCGGCCUAACCUACGAGUCUGUGUUUCCUGAGCUGGAUAUGAAGAAGCAUGAGGGUCCCGAGAGCCUCACCAAGUUCAACCCGAACGGCCGUAUCCCUGCGCUCAUCGACCACGGUAACAACGACUGCGUCAUCUGGGAGUCCAACGCGAUUAUCCAGUAUAUCGUCGACAAGUACGAUAAGGAGCGCAAGAUCUCCGCUGCCCCCGGCACGGACGAGUAUUACACGCAGCUCCAGUGGCUCUAUUUCCAGGGGACCGGUCAGGGCCCGUACUACGGCCAGCUGGCUUGGUUCAUCGUUUACCACCCGGAAAAGGUUCAGAGCGCCCUCGACCGCUACACGAACGAGGUUAGGCGAGUGCUCGGUGUCCUCGAAGGCGAGCUCUCGAAGCGGGAAUGGCUCGUCGGCAACAGGCCGACCGUCGUGGACAUCGCCUUCUUCCCCUGGAACGAGAUCACCGUCGAGCGUUUCCUCGAGAACUUCGAUUUUGAGAAGGAGUUCCCUGUUACUGCCAAGUGGCACAAGAAGAUCCUCGAGCGCCCCGCCGUCAAGAAGGUUCGGGAUGAGCGCGCCAAGCUCCUCGCUCAGAAGUGAGGUUAGCACAAGUGAUUGCGUAGAAGUAUUUUUUAGAGAGUUAGAAUGCGUUACGUACUAUAGGUGAACUUGAUAGCACUGAACGGAGCUCGUGGAUAUUCGGAGAACAGGAGAAAAAUAAUUGUUGUCUGGGAUUGGCC